CUGUGUUUGGGCGAGCUCGCGCCCCACGCUUUCAGUAACAGUACAAAGUUUCGUAAGUUCAGUUCUAAGUCCAAAUAGACCUCAGUGAGUUGUCAUCUUGGAUAUUUGUUCUGCUGCCAUUUUUGUGGUAACAAUUAAACCGGUAUCGAAAUGGAGCAGAUAACAAAACACCUCGUAAUUAUGGCGGCGCUAACGAUCGCCCAGCCCGCCAUCACCGCCAAGGACGACCACAAAAUAGAUUAUUACCACAUGCCAGUGUUCACCAACAUCUGUGACAUCGUCGACAGGAGAUCCCUUGUCCACUGCUACUGUGACAGUACCAAACCAAAGAUGGCCACCCGAGCAGACUGCUGGAUAUUCACCGGAGGAAUCACCCCAGAAGACCCCAUCUGGCCAAACUUCUCCUCCCAGUCUGAAUUAGAACACCUGAUGUUCAACGUUCGCUCAGAUGAAGCUCUAACCUUCAUACCGGCCAAAGCCAUCGUUAGACUUGAAAGACUCAAACACAUAUCUAUACAAUUUGGAACGAUACAAAGUGUAACACCUUAUGCGUUCACCAACUCUUCAACUUUAAGACAAAUCAGUUUAAGAUCCAACAAAAUAUCUAUCCUGGAGCGACAUUCAUUCGCACAAAUGAUGAUGCUGUCCAAUCUAAGUUUGGACGACAAUCAAAUCACGGAACUUAGACGUGACGUAUUCUUCGGACUGCCUAAUUUACAUAUCUUACAUUUAUCAAAUAAUAAUCUAAGUUUGAUCCACGAGGGAUGCUUCAAACAUCUGAACAAUUUAAUAGAGUUGAAACUGGAUUUGAAUUCCAUAUCAGUUGUUACGAGGGAAAUGUUUGAAGGACUGGAGAAUUUAUCUCGUUUAAAUUUGAGGAGUAAUCGUUUGACUAUGAUAGGUAAUUUGGCGUUUAGUGAGCUGUGGGGCUUGAAAGAUCUAAUGCUGGACAACAAUGCGAUCGAGUACGUAUCAGAACGUGCGUUCGGAGGUUUGACGCAGCUGCGGAAACUGACGAUCUCUGGGAACAAAUUGACGGCUUUCUACGAGGAUAUUCUCGAAGAUAUAAGGAGCCUAAUAGUAUUAGAUAUGAGGGACAACCUUCUGGAGUCGAUGUCUUAUGAAACCAUUAGGCCGGUCGUCGAGAACGGGAAAUCCGCUUCGAAAGCGGUUUACUUGGACGGAAACCCUCUUCGGUGCGAUUGCCGGCUAUCCUGGAUAUACCUUUUAAGAAACGAGACCAAAGACAACACCCUGAAGCACGCCCUCGAGAAAAUAUCGUGUGUCAGCGAUACGGAGAAGCGGCCAGAGAAAGCCAAUGAAAUAGGUGACAACACACUUGCCGACGAGAAUUACGGCGAUGAAUAUUACGAUAAAAACGAGGAUUAUAUGAAUAAGGAAAAGUUAAAAGGGAAGUUUACUAAACUUACAGAUAUUCCACUAGAAACGCUUCCGUGCCCGAAAGAGCUGCAGGCUGUUGAUGAGUCGUAUGGGCAUCCGAUUCAGAAUGAAAUUAGAUUGAAAGCGUUCUCGAAAGCGCGCUGUAUUGCACCUAGCUUAAUCUUCAUUUUAUUGAUUAAGCUAAUUUAAAUUAUAAGAUAAUUAAUGACACACUAAAUUACGGCUAAAUUUGUAUUUGGAAAACGCUGCAGAUCUUAAUAUUUUGAAUCAAAGCUAUGGAUUUAAUUAUCAAAACAUUUGCCUUGUUAAAAACCUCGUACAUUUUUACCAAAAGCUUUUUUUUGGUUACUUAACGAAAGUCCUAAAGCUGGUAGGCGUAUAAGUUUACACGAUUUAAAAAAUAGCAGCGUGCCUAGCCAAGGUGACAAUCGUAAGCACUACAAUGACACGCUUUGUGUCUCUCUAUCACUCUUCCAUAUUAACGUAACAGUGACAGUUGCGCUUCGUUCGCUACUAACGAUUGUCAUGUUGGAUACGCACCCUGAUCAAGUACAAUAACAACGUUGCAAUCAUCAUUGUUUGUACCAAUGUUUCAAAAGGAAACAAAACUAAUUGUGAUAUUAGACGAUAUUUCCACUGUUCUUGCCCAUUUUGAUCGUUAGGGCGUAUUUACACUGAGUCAACAGCAUUCGACGCGGCACGAGUAUAACACGCCAUUAAAUAUCCGGCUGAAUGAGUUUCUUGAAUGGAAACGAUUUAAGCCCCUCUGCGUCACUGAGCAACGUAUUGAUGAAUAUCAAUAUUUGUAAUCAUGUAGGUAGAAAUCAAAUGUGUCAGAUUGGUACAUUGUCUCCAUUUUGGUGUGCAAAAUGGCUACGUAUCUGUGAAGCCCAAUGUAACAGAAAGUAUAGAUUGUGAAACAAGUUUUUUCUAAAUGCGAUGUUUGACAGGAUUUCCUCUAAACAAAGACCUGUAUUUUGCUUAUUUUUAUUAAGUACCUAUUAAAGACAAAAUAUUAGCAAUAUUAGCAUCCGUAUCAUUCAAAAAGGACUUGUCGUUUAUAGGUACCAUAACGCACUGCGAUUGUUGAUCCAUUCAUAGUUAAAUUGGUUGUUCGAUAUAUAGGUAUACUUACUCAAAUAAAUGUCCAAUUUAGCUACAACCCUAAAUGGCUGGCAACAAUUACGGUGCGUGACUAUACAAUGUACAUAAUGUGUGUACAUAAAAGUGACUUGCCAGACUAUAUUAUAGUCUAGCAAAAGGCAUAUUUGAAAAUAUAGGCAUUAUUGAAAAACAUAGGUUCACCUUGAAGUUUGCAAUGGUUGUUGGGCUCAAAUGGGGACAAAGAUUUCUGUAUAAACCUCUUGUUAACUAUUGUAAAUAUUAAUGUUAAAUUCUAUGUAGGUACUUAUAAAUAAAUAUUAUAUGGUAAUGUUAGGAGUGUUAAUGUUUUCACUGUUGAUUCAUCCGAACUUGGCUUCAUUUUAAUAAAAUUAUAUUAAUUAUAAGCAAUUUUAUGUCAAUCGUUCAAAUAUUGUUAUUAUCACAUUGUUGUAAUAAGUCAUUACAGAUGUAGUGAAUAAUUGUUUUCCAUCGUAUUUUCUCGGAAACGUUCGUAUUUUUCAUGCUAAUACUUUAGUCAACCUUAGUACUCUUUGUACCAAGAUUGACUGAAAUAGCAAGACACCUUCGUACGUUUCCGUGAAAAUACGAUAGAAAAUAAUAAUGCACUACAUCUGUACUCAUCAUCCAUGAAAGAUAAAUUCAAUUGAUAAGUAUUACAUCCCGAUAAAAGUUUCAUUUAGGCACAAAUAUUCCAGGAACUUACAAAUAACUGAUUUUAAUGAUCUCAUUUUGAUAUUAGUGUGAGCGAGAUUCGCUGCGAGUAGGUAAUUACAUAUGCUGGCGCGAUGCCCAAAAAUGAGUCUUGGCCUCCGACACAAGGGUACGCCAGUUUUCGCCAACGCCGAGCUCACGGAGAUCUCCU